AUGUACACAUUAGAAAGCGUGGAUUCAUUCCACAUCUCAUCACCUGAAAACACCUACAUCUACGACAUCGUCCCGGUAGCAGGUGGGGUAGCAACUAUUUCUUCAGAUGACAGCUUGAGACUUCUGGACCCUCUGUCUUUGAAUGGACCGCCGAUAAAUUCAGUCAAGAAAGUCAAUACUGAUGUUACGUGUUUGAAGGCUUUGGGAGGGGAAGAUGCAGCGGUUGUGUGUACAGCGGGGAGGGAUGGGUCUGUGAAAGUUUUGGAUCCGAGGACUGGUGGGGUGGUUGCGACGGUCAGGAGUGAUCAGAAUGCUCCUAUAAUAUCGCUGGCAUGCUCAUAUCCGUACGGUCUUGCAGCGGGGACGGAAUUGACUAAUCACCAAGCAGCAGUUUUGAUAUGGGACACGAGAGACCUUUCGGAACCCGUUGUUAAAUACGUUGAAAGCCAUAGUGAUGAUGUCACAGAACUACAAUUUCAUCCCAGCCGGCCGCAAAUAUUACUUUCCGGCUCAACAGAUGGGUUGGUAAAUAUCUACAAUACCACAAUCACAGAUGAGGAAGAAGCUAUACACCAAACUAUCAAUCAUGGGCAUUCAAUACACCACGCCAACUUUCUCAGCGAUGUAAACAUAUUUGCUCUGUCACAUGAUGAGAAGUUCUCAAUGUACGAGUUGGUGACAAAUCCUGAAGAAGGCGUUGAGGAACCCCCUCCUAUACAUUAUGGGGAUAUGAGGGAACAGUUGGGUGGCGAGUAUGUUGCAAAUGUUUUGAGGAGACCGGACGGUGGUGCUGUACUUGGUGUUGGAACUCAUAGUCGAGAAAGCUUUGAUCUGGUUCAGCUGAAGAAUGGUUCCCCUUGGACGUUUGCGCCUGAGUCGAAGGUUACUUUGGUUGGAGCUCAUAGUUCUGAAAUUGUACGCGCUUUUUGCUUCUUAGACUCGCAUAAAACGGUAUUGACCGCUGGCGAAGACGGGCAAGUCAAGGCGUGGAGAGGGGGCGAUUGA